AUGGCCUCCUCGACGCCCGCGAACCAGACGCACGAUGCGCCUCCCGCCGCGGGCCCUGCGCGGACCAAGAGCAACCAGUCCAUACCGCCGCCGGGCCAGACGCUGACCGGGAAACAAGAACAUUACCUCAAGCGAGAGCUCGUAGCGGAGCAGGUCAACUGGGAGAUCUCGGAGCUCAACUCUCCCACCGCCCUGCGCAGGUUCGGUGCCCCCUUCAAGUCCGAAUUUGGGGAGGUCUCCCCCCUCGACUCGGAACUGCCGAUCCUACGGUUCAUCUUCGUGCAUCAUGUUCGCGAGUUCCCGUUCCUGGACAAGGCAAAGGAGAAGGAGUUUUGGCAGGACAAGCUUCAAGUGUUUCUCGAAUCGUUCGCCAGCAAGAACAUAUCCUCCUCCGAAGACCGUUUAGAAGAGACCAAGCGGCGGAAACUGGCUGUAAAAUGUCGGAAGCUGGUCGAGCUGAUGAUGGUCUCUGGCGUCCCCACCGCCUCCGGGUUCGAAGAGCGUAUAAGAUUUGCCGAGAUGGAGAUCGUCGAUGCCAACGCCAUCGAUACCGGUGUGCUCAAUACCCUACCCCAGGGUCAUUACAUGAAUGGCUGGGAUGUCAACGUCGCCGGUGUGAGGAUAUCGGCCGUCAAGAAGAGGAUACGGACGCAUAAGCAUGCGGAAUUUUUAUUGCGUGUCAAGAGAAAAGGGGAGCUCGAGUACUUCGUUGGGCGUCGGUAUGGAGACUUUGCCCGCUUACAUCGGCAGUUGCGCAUAGAACUUCCCGGCAAGGUUCUGCCUCCGCUGCCCAAGAAGAACAAGUCGAAUAGCUCAGCGACCGGGCUGCUGGGAAGGGUGACAGGCGAAGGAAAUGAUUCCGAUGCGUCAUCGGUUUCCAGCAUCUCGACUAUGCCUCCCGUUGAACCUGGCGGGCUCAGGGACUCUAUGAAGAACUUGACAGUGCGAGACCACCGUCGAAACAUAUCGACGUCUUCCAGGAACGCAUCUCCACGCCCGAGCACGGAUGGGCCGAAGAGCCCCGUCCCAGGUAGCCCGCAGCCAGAGACUGCCAUCCUCUGGCGCGAGAACCAGCGGAUAUCACUCAGAGCAUUCCUGCGGUACCUCCUGCACAACUCACAAAUUGCGCAGACCAAGGCCAUGCAUGAAUUUCUCACCAAUGAUCCCAUAACGCCCACCGAUGAGGAUGUUGAGGACAUAGCGCGUCGUCAAGCCGUUGACGAAAGGCGUAUAGAGGAGCAGAAGCAAUUCUAUGAGAUUGCCAGGAAACGAGCCGCGGAGCUUGACGUCUACAUGGAACAGUUCCGUCAGGAUAUCGUCGAGUCGAACGGACUGACCAAACUCUUCCAGGAAAUCAAGGAGAAGGAGACCAUCCAGGAUCUCAGUGUGCAAUACCAAAAGUUCGCUGAAUGGCUGCGGAUCGAGGUGGCCGCCACUGUUUAUCACCUCUUCCUUGCUGAGGACAAUUCACCCGAACUGUUCGCCCAGGCCAAAAGGAUACACUCGCUGAUACCGUAUACCUUGUUGAAGAACGCGAUACGACUGGCGAACCCCGCGGCUGUCAUGGCUAGUGUCCUCGACCUUUUCUUGGCGCAGCCAUUCGGGUCUCGUUCUUUGAUGCAACGGAUCUUCUCAGCUGCGCUCAACGACGGCAUCCGUACAUUCCAGAAGAAUAUCGAUGCUGUGUCUGUCAAGAUCGGCGACGAUGUGUUUGUGGACAAGAUGAAGCAAUUCAUCGACUCGGACGAGCCUGUCAAAGUAGCCAUAAGGGAAGAGGCAAUCGCUGACGACGUCGACAUUAUUGUUGCUAUACUGCGUUCUCCGUUGAUCGAGCCGCCUCUCGUGUCUUCGCAAAUCCAGCGACUGUACAAUGCCUACGUCGCCUUCAACAACGCGGUGGAAAAUGUCGACGAAGAGUUCAAGCAGGGAGCCCAGCUCUUCUCAUACCUCAAGCAGAUGCUGAAGCUCCUGAUCAGACAGCGCGACAAGCAGAUGAUGUUGCAGAUGAUAGAAGAACCGGUCACCCUGAAGCUCCUCAAGGACCUCUUCACCAUCUUCUACGAACCGCUCGUUCGCGUGUAUAAAUCUGCCAAUGUCUACAACAGUAUCACGGACUUUUCAGUCUUCAUUGAUGAUAUGAUUCAGGUGGUUGAGAAGUGCAGAGAGGAGGACGCUUCGGCAGAUCCCAACCAGACUGUGCAAGCAUUUAUCGAUCUCUGCGCGCGUCAUGAACACAACUUCUACAAAUUCGUGCACGAAGUCCACACUCACGACAAUGGGCUCUUCACACAGCUGAUGGGCUGGAUAGAGGGAAUCCUGGAGUUCUUGCGGCACGGUCCUGCCGGUGGAGCCCUGGACGUCAAUGCACUGUUCGAAGGUGGUGUUGCAUCUGGCGUUGUGGACAAAGAAAAGGCUAUAGACGAGAUCAAUCAGCUCAUAUCAUGGCAAGAAGCACGCAAGAAAUGGCAUCACGAUAAGACGAGACAAAAGAUGGCGGCAGAGGGCAACGCGAGCGUGGAUGCGCCACUGCCAGGGGUUCACCUGAAAGGCAGCGAUUUUGGACUCAACGAGAUGGACCUGGAAGAUAUGGCCUACGAAGACGACUCGGAAGAGGAAGCCGACGAGGAGAUAGAAGACGAGAUGGACCCCAUCGAGGCAGAGAGGCGUAGGAGGGCCAAGCGUCAAGACCGGCUGAGACGGAGCGCGGGCGAGCCGACCAAGCCGGCCGUAAGCGAGGUCCACCACUUGAAGGACAACUUUCUAGAGAUGCUGCGCCAGGUUCUGGCGGACUAG